AUGAGCCGCCAAUUCACCUGCAAGUCGGGAGCUGCCACCAAGGGGGGCUUUAGCGGCUGCUCAGCAGUGUUCUCAGGGGGCAGCUCAUCCUCCUACCGGGCAGGGGGCAAAGGAUUCAGCGGGGGCUUCGGAAGCCGGAGCCUCUACAGCCUGGGGGGCACCCGGAGCAUCUCCCCCCCCAGUGGCAGCGGGCGGGCAGGGGGCUAUGGGUUUGGUCGAGGCCGGGCCAGUGGCUUUGCUGGCAGCAUGUUUGGCAGUGUGGCCCUGGGGCCCGUGUGUCCGUCUGUGUGUCCACCUGGAGGCAUCCAUCAGGUCACUGUCAAUGAGAGCCUCCUGGCCCCCCUCAACGUGGAGCUGGACCCGGAGAUCCAGAAAGUGAGAGCCCAGGAGCGGGAGCAGAUCAAGGCGCUGAACAACAAGUUCGCCUCCUUCAUUGACAAGGUGCGGUUCCUGGAGCAGCAGAACCAGGUGCUGGAGACCAAGUGGGAGCUGCUGCAGCAGCUGGACCUGAACAACUGCAAGAACAACCUGGAGCCCAUCCUCGAGGGCUACAUCAGCAACCUGCGGAAGCAGCUGGAGACGCUGUCCGGGGACAGGGUGCGGCUGGACUCGGAGCUGAGGAGCAUGCGGGAUGUGGUGGAGGACUACAAGAGGAGGUAUGAGGAGGAAAUUAACAAGCGCACAACUGCCGAGAAUGAAUUUGUGGUGCUCAAGAAGGAUGUGGAUGCAGCUUACAUGAGCAAGGUGGAACUGCAGGCCAAGGUGGAUGCCCUGGAUGGAGAAAUCAAGUUCUUCAAAUGCCUGUAUGAAGGGGAGAUUGCUCAGAUCCAGUCUCACAUCAGUGACACGUCUGUCAUCCUAUCCAUGGACAACAACCGGAACCUAGACCUGGACAGCAUCAUUGCUGAGGUCCGUGCCCAGUAUGAAGAUACCGCUCUGAAGAGCAAGGCCGAGGCCGAGGCGCUGUACCAGACCAAGUUCCAGGAGCUCCAGCUGGUGGCCGGCAGGCAUGGGGAUGACCUCAAACACACCAAGAACGAGAUCUCUGAACUGACUCGGCUUAUCCAAAGGCUACGCUCAGAGAUUGAGAGUGUGAAAAAGCAGUGCUCCAACCUGGAGACGGCCAUCGCCGAUGCCGAGCAGCGGGGCGACUGUGCCCUGAAGGACGCCCGGGCCAAGCUGGAUGAGCUGGAGGCCGCCCUGCACCAGGCCAAGGAGGAGCUGGCCCGGAUGCUGCGCGAGUACCAGGAGCUCAUGAGCACGAAGCUGGCCCUGGACGUGGAGAUUGCCACCUACCGCAAGCUGCUGGAGGGGGAGGAGUGCAGGAUGUCUGGAGAAUACACCAACUCCGUGAGCAUCUCGGUCAUCAGCAGCACCACGGCGGGGACCACGGGCGCCGGGGCCGGCUUUGGUUUCAGCGGCGCUGGCACCUACGGUUACCGGCCCAGCUCUGUCUCGGGGGGCUAUGGCAUGCUGUCGGGGGGUCGUGUCACUGGCAGUGGGAACUGCAGCCCCCGCGGGGAGGCCAAAACCAGGCUGGGGAGUGUAAGUGAGUUCAAGGACCCCCAGGGGAAGGCCUCUGCUCUGAGUUCCCCUGCCAAGAAAACCACAAGAUAA